CCCCCACCCUCACUCUGCAGCCCUGUGGGCAGGAGGGGCCUGUGUGCGGCCCAGUCUGAGAGACAAGAUGGAGGGGCCUGCGCUGACACUGGGGCUGCUGGCCACCCUGGCCGUGUGUGGAAGCUGGGGCCUGAACGAGGAGGAGCGGCUGAUCCGGCACCUGUUCCAAGAGAGGGGCUACAACAAGGAGCUGCGGCCCGUGGCGCACAAAGAGGAGCGCGUGGACGUCUCCCUGGCCCUCACCCUGUCUAACCUCAUCUCCCUGAAAGAAGUCGAGGAGACCCUCACCACCAACGUGUGGAUAGAGCACGGCUGGACAGACAGCCGGCUGAAGUGGGAUGCCGAAGAAUUUGGGAAUAUCAGUGUCCUGCGCCUGCCCCCCGACAUGCUGUGGCUCCCAGAGAUUGUGUUGGAGAACAAGUUGAGCUGCAGCCUCUCCGGCCUGCCCUCCCUCACUCCACCCCCUUCCUGGAGCCCCCAGCUCCUGCCCCCGGCCUUUCCCUGCCCACCCUGCCAGUUCCGAGCUGGCCGGUGCUCACUGUGGUCCUUGUCCCUCCCUCCCAGCAAUGACGGCUCCUUCCAGAUUUCCUACUCCUGCAACGUGCUGGUCUAUGACUCGGGCUCCGUGUACUGGCUGCCGCCCGCCAUCUUCCGCUCCUCCUGCCCUAUCUCCGUCACCUACUUCCCCUUCGACUGGCAGAACUGCUCCCUCAAGUUCAGUUCCCUCAAGUACACGGCCAAGGAGAUCACCCUGAGCCUGAAGCAGGACGUGGAAGAGGAUCGCAGCUACCCUGUGGAGUGGAUCAUCAUUGACCCUGAGGGCUUCACAGAGAACGGGGAGUGGGAGAUAGUGCACCGGCCGGCCAGGGUCAACGUGGACCCCAGCGCCCCUCUGGACAGCCCCAGCCGCCAGGACGUCACCUUCUACCUCAUCAUCCGCCGCAAGCCACUCUUCUACAUCAUCAACAUCCUGGUGCCCUGCGUGCUCAUCUCCUUCAUGAUCAACCUGGUCUUCUACCUGCCGGCCGACUGCGGCGAGAAGACGUCAAUGGCCAUCUCGGUGCUGCUGGCCCAGUCUGUCUUCCUGCUGCUCAUCUCCAAGCGGCUGCCCGCCACGUCCAUGGCCAUCCCCCUUAUCGGCAAGUUCCUGCUCUUCGGCAUGGUGCUGGUCACCAUGGUCGUGGUGAUCUGUGUCAUCGUGCUCAACGUCCACUUCCGCACACCCAGCACCCACGUGCUGUCCGAGGGGGUCAGGAAGCUCUUCCUGGAGACGCUGCCCACGCUCCUGCACAUGUCCCGGCCAGCAGAGGACGGCCCCGGCAGCGGGGCCCUGGUCCGGAGGAGCAGCUCCCUGGGCUACAUCUCCAAGGCCGAGGAGUACUUCUCGCUCAAGUCCCGCAGCGACCUCAUGUUCGAGAAGCAGUCAGAGCGGCACGGGCUGGCCCGGCGUCUCACCACUGCGCGCCGCCCCCCAGCAAGCUCUGAGCAGGCCCAGCAGGAGCUCUUCAGCGAGCUGAAGCCAGCUGUGGAUGGGGCAAACUUCAUCGUUAACCACAUGAGGGACCAGAACAAUUACAAUGAGGAGAAGGACAGCUGGAACCGCGUGGCCCGCACAGUGGACCGCCUCUGCCUGUUUGUGGUGACGCCCAUCAUGGUGGUGGGCACAGCUUGGAUCUUCCUGCAGGGCGUCUACAACCAGCCCCCGCCCCAGCCUUUCCCCGGGGACCCCUACUCCUACCACGUGCAGGACAAGCGCUUCCUCUAGGCCGGCCUGCGGGAUGAAGGGGUCUGGGAGGAGUGGCACCGGAGGAGGGCCGGCUCCUGGCCCUGCGCUGUGCCCCUCAGGCUGAGGCGGUGCCGAGGAAGGCAGGGAGAAGCCCCAGUCCCCGAUGGCAGUUCCUUGGCAAAUAAAGACAGGAGCCACC